UGCACGAGAUAAGCUAUACGAAUUUGAGUAAGUCGCCAAUCACACGCGUACCAGAUAACGCAUAAAGAAGUUGAUUCGAGGUCAAUAUCGUUGAUACUCGCGCUCAAACCGCGCGAAACAAACAGACGUUGACGAUAAAAUGGUGAUGGGUAUUUUAAAAGGCCCCCAAGGGGGACCUCGCGGCACCAGAGACCAAAGCUUGGGUCAAGUUUUCUUCGAAAACGCACACAAAAAUGGCGAGAAAAUUUUCCAAAUUGACGCUGAUACGGGAAAGUACGAAACCUUCGAGCAAGUGAAAAACAGGUCGGUACCCGUCGCCUUGAAACUGAAAAAGUUGGGUGUAGGUGCCGAAGACGUUAUUCUGCUAUGCUGCAAGAACAAUGCGGACAACAUAAUACCCGCUCUGGCCGCCUGGUUCAUCGGCGCUAGUAUCGCCUCGGUAGAUCCCAAGCAACAAUAUUACGACGUCAGGCGUUCUUUGAACAUCGUAGAACCCAAAGUGCUGUUCGUUGUCGACGAUGCCGUCCCAUUGAUAGAAGAAAGCCUGAAAGACUGCGAGAUAGUACCGGUAGUUAUUGUCAUCGGCCGUUCUGACAAAUACGAGACUAUGGAGAGCAUGCUGAGUAGCAAUAGUGAUGAAGUAGACUCUUUUCAACCAGUAAAAAUAAAGAAAAAUCAGACGGCCGUGAUAAUAUUCAGUAGCGGUACCACCUCCACUCCAAAAGGCAUCUGCAUGAGUCACUAUUCAUUGCUGUAUGGCAUGCACGGCGUUUCUGAGCGUUUCGGUUAUAAUCUGGACGUUUGCAUGCACUUUUCGUCGUUGUUCUGGAUAUCCGGAGCGAUGAUAACGGGCUGGUGUCUCGCGGAGGCAAAAACGAAAGUUGUCGGUUCUGGUAUAACAGGCGAGAGGUUCCUCGAGUGUAUUCAUAAAUAUAAGGUGACCUAUGCGUUCACGUCAGGCGAAUUCACGUAUUCCAUCACCAAUUUAGACCAAGACAUCCUAUCGAAAUAUGACACUUCUUCGUUGCAAGUUCUUAAUCUAGGCGGAGCUACCAUGGAUCCUAAACAGAUUGCGAGGGUAAGAGCCGUCCUGAGGCACACCAGGGUGACCUUGGUGUAUGGAUCUAGCGAGGCUCACUGUAUCGCAGCUUUUGAUGUCAACAGCCAGAAAGCCUACGAGGAGAAACUAACCUCUUCUGGGUUACCAGUACCGGAUGUCCAAUUAAAGUUAAAACCACACAUCUCUCAGUUCGUUGACGUGGAAACCAGAACACCAGUAGGUCCUGCCCAGCAAGGCGAGAUUCUGAUAAAAAGUCCGUACUUGUUUACCGGAUACUACAAGCUGGAAAAACCCGAUACGUUCGAUGACGAAGGUUUCCUGAAGCAAGGCGAUCUCGGGUACUACGAUGAAGAUGGAUACGUUUACGUCACGGAUAGAAUUAGUGAGACAUUCAAGUACAGAACGUUUCACGUGUCACCAUCUCUCGUUGAAAGAGUUUUCCUGCAGCAUCCCGCCGUUCAGGAGGGGGUUGUUUUCGGGAUACCCCAUCAUGGAGACAGGUUCCAUCCAGCCGCUUGCGUGGUACCUAAAAAGGAUUGCGAUAUUAACGUGGACGAGUUGAUCGAGUUUGUAAACGCUAGGGUAUCGGAUAGUCAUCACAUCAGGGCUGGCCUGCAACUACUUGAGAGCCUACCGAGAACCCUCACGGGUAAAAUUCAACGGAGAUUGGUCAAAGAGAAAUUUUUAAACAAUCUAAAAUGUAAAUAUCAACUAUUUAAAUAAAUACAUUGUAAA